AUGUCCUUGUUUUCAUUACAGGAGACCCUCUUACUUGGGAAAGAUGAUGUGCUGAGUGAUGGCGACAGCGAGGAUCUCAGCGACAGUGAAGAAAGUGUUUACUCUGGCCUAGAAAGCUCUGGAAGUGAAAGCAGUGAUGAGGAAGCGGAGGGCAGUGUGGAAGAAGACACAUUAGAACAUGGGAAGACACGCACCCUAAACGUAAAGGUAACAAUAAAAGAUCGGUCGUACCCGCGCCUUACCGACUGUCUGAUCUCGGCACAGUGUGGUAGUACGUUUGUGCGGGAUAGUUAAUUUAUCAUGUCUCUUGCUGUUUCAGAAUUCCAGACCCAGGAAAGCAUUAAAUCAGUCGGAGCAGAGCGGCCCUUCAGCACAGAGUAACGAGUAUGAGCAUGACUCGUCUGAUGAGGAG